AUGAACGCAACCAGGGCACUCGCUCGCCAGCCCUUGAUCCGCUUCUUGGGCAAGCGCACCACUCCUUCGCACAUUGAUCACACCCCGCACGUGCACCCUGCCUCUCACAUGAAGGAGCUUCCCUCGUCAUUCAAGGCCUACCGACAAAAGGCACAGCAGCACGGCCCGCUCAACGCAAACGCUAGCGGCCUUGUCGGUGGUCACAUUGGCGGUGCAGCUGGCAGGAACCUUGGCCCCGUCGAGGCUGGAAACGGCCUGUACUUUGAUCGCUCCGAGCUGCCUGCCCGCUUCCAGAACCUGUCAUGGACACAGGCCGAGAUGGAGCUGCUCGAGUCUGGUGGUGCCAGCCAGUUUGCGUAG